AUGGGCAAAAGUCACUCACAUGAAGUAAUACGUGAAUAUUUACAAGAUCCUGCAACUAUAAAACUAUUGCAAGAAUUUCAACAGCAAAAUGCUCAUCUACUGCAGCAAUUUGAAAAGCUCCGACAGGAGAUCGAAGAUCAGAAAAUAGAAUCAUUCGAAGACUUGCAACAAUACGAUCAAAAGGGAGCCGACGCUCUGGUGAAAUUGGCUACUCAGACGACUCCACUCCAAAUGCAAGGGCGUAAUAUUGGUUUCUUUGGUCUGACAUCGACGGGUAAGAGCACAAUAAUCAACAAAUUGCUUGAUCGUGAGGUGGCCAAGACGGGAGCAGGUGAAACAACGACUAAGAUCGAGCCCUAUGAUGGAAAGGGAUACACACUAUAUGACAUUCCUGGUCGUAAUGAUGACACGACGUAUUUUAAUUUAGAAUUAGAAGCAAGGCAAUUUGUUUUUGAAGAAUGUUCUAAAACAGACACAACAUUUACAGCCGAAACUUUGGCAAUAUUCAUUGAUAAUCGUUUUUAUGAAUUAAAUAAUCUGAAGAAAGUCGAUCAACGAUUAGCCAGAUCAGUCGAAAGUUGUAAAUUAGAUUUACGUCGAUUUGGUGCAAAAUUUACAGCAAAUUCAAGUCGGCCAUAUUUUCUUGGACAUGAACGAGAAGAUGUGGUGAAACAUCGAAAAGAAUUUGUCAAAUACUUCAUUGAACGAGAACAGCAUUUUUAUACGAUUACGAAUGAUGCAGUGCCACAGUGGAAAACACCAACAACAACACCAGCAGUUUUGCUUUGUCAUGAUGAAAGUACAUACAAAUGUGGAGAAAUUGUAGCCAAAAGAUGGAUUAUGUCUGAUAAUGCACCUUUUUGCAACAAAGACAGAGGAAGAAGUAUAACGUGUUCGGAUCUAUUAGUCAUGCAUCCAAGCGGACCAUUCUUUUCAUUGAUCGAUAAAGAAUAUUCAGAAGCAUUGAAAAAAUAUCCACACUUAAAUGAUGAUUGUGGUUUUAAUUAUCGUCUAUUUCAAUUAUUGCCAUUUAAAAAUGAAUAUAAAAAUCAUAAUUUCGUAUGCCUCCUCGACAAUGCCAGAACACAUACAGCAGCUCACAUGCAUAUUAAUGAUUUUGGAAUGACACCAGGGACCCGGUGUCCUGUUGAUAAGAUCGAUUAUAUUGAUGAAAAUAAUAAAAAACAAACUAUUGAAUGUUAUGAUGAUGAUGACGAAUAUAAUAAAGGUUUACUGGCUUUGGCAUAUGAAUUAAAUGUUUUUGUUUUAAAAAAAUAUGCAAACUCAAUGAAUUGA